AUGCCGCGCGCAGUUCUCCUCCUGCUCCUGUCGCCGAGCAGCAGCGCUCUUCGCGUGGGCCCCGUGAGCUUCACCAACAUCUUCUCUGACACCGCUCUUCGCGCGCAAACGCAGAGCGUGCGCGGCCGGAGCUACGCAAACAUGACCAAGUUAUCGUCUUUCCGCGACCCCGUCGUGCGGACAGAGCUCAACACGCCGAGUGAGCUGCGGCAAGGCCCCGCGACGGCGUGGAUCACGGCACCCUACCGCCUCUCCGUGCUCGCCGCCUGCUGGAUGCUCUACCCUCCCUUGAUCCUCUCGCUCCGAUCGCUGCUGUCCCCGGCGACGCUGACGGGGGUGAUGAACGCGGGGGGCAUGCCCGGCGAUGGCCUGCCGCUCGACGCGGGAGCCAUCACCAGCGGAUUCGCGCCCGCCAUCUCGCUGCUCUACGGCGC